AUGUUCAGCUCAGAUAAAACCAAGUUAUAUUAUCCCAAAGAGGAGGAAAGUUAUUACUCUGGAGGUUACCCUGUCUUUCCAGGAGGAGGCUAUCCUGCCCCUCAAGGGGCAUAUCAAGGAGGGCAACCUCCACCACCUCAGAGUGCUUACCAGGGAGCACCCCCACCACAAGGAGGUUACCCUGCAGGUGCAACACCAGGAUAUCCAGGAGGACAGCCAACUCAGGGCUACCCCCAGCCUGGUGCACCACAAGGAGGGUACCCAAGUGCCCCUCCAGCAGGGGCAUACCAAGGAGCUGGGGCCCCUCCAGCAGGAGCAUACCAAGGACCUGGGGCCCCUUCAGCAGGAGUUCCAGGAGCUCCACCCCAAGGCAAUGCACCACCCCAGUACCAGGGUGAAAUGCCUGGGGAUGAUGUAGAUGACAACCCUAAUGCUGCCCCACAGCAGGCCACAGCCCCGCCCUUAGAAAAAAUGGACAACAUCGGUGGAUAUUCUAAUAUUGGGUUCAGUGCAGCCAUGUUGCCACCCCCAUCAUAUGAUGAAGCAAUGAAAGGGCCGCCUCCAGAACGACAAAAUAUCUCAAACGUUCCUACUAUCACAGAACAGGAUGCCAGGGAAGCUCUCCUGAAGCAUGUAGCUGAAAACUGUUGCUAUGGUAAAGGAGCUGCAGAAGAUUUGAACUUUUUGGAUCUAAAAUCGACAAGUGCAUUUCAUUAUACAUUGGAAACUUUUGCUGAAGGUAGACAGACAGCUUGGGCGUAUGAACCUUAUACAGGUCAGACGAUUGAUGGUCCUAUGAAUGGUACAGCUCCAGGACCCUGGGACAUUCCUGCACAGGCAAGUGCUCUGUUCCAGAACCAAAAGAUUGAUGUUGAAGUUCCUCACACAGCAUCUGUCAAGCCCUGUCACACCUGCUUUUCUACUGGAUAUAUUCGAUGUCACCGGUGUCUUGGAAGGGGUAGAGUCAGAUGUAACUGGUGUCAUGGAAGUGGACAUAGGACAGUGCACAGAGGCGGAGAUCACCAUAGGGAGAGAUGUACUUGGUGUCAUGGCAACGGCAGACGCAGAUGUGAUACCUGUCAUGGCUGUGGUUCAGUGACUUGUACUUCUUGUAUGGGUUACAGACAACUAAAGUGCUAUAUCAAACUCAGCAUCUUAUGGACCAACCAUGUUGUUGAUCACAUUGUUGAGAGAACUCCGCUGCCAGAUCAUCUGAUUCGAGGGGUGUCAGGACAAACAGCCUUUGAGGAAACGUAUCAACGGGUCUGGCCAAUCCAACAUUUUCCUGAUGCUGAGGUUAACGAUGCAUCUAGAAACCUGAUCCAAACACAGCAAUAUCCAAGUGAAAGGAUCCUCCAACAGAGACACCGAGUUAGAAUUGUGCCUGUGACCCAAUGUAUGUAUAAAUGGAAGAGCAAGGAGUCGGAUUACUUUGUGUAUGGGUUUGAACACAAGGUGUAUGCUCCAAACUACCCACAACAAUGCUGCUGUGGCUGUUCCAUCCUCUAAACACACCUGUGCCAAGUAAUGCUGCUGUGGCUGUUCCAUCCUCUAAACACACCUGUACCAAGUAAUGCUGCUGUAGCUGUUCCAUCCUCUAAACGCACCUGUGCCAAGUAAUGCUGCUGUGGCUGUUCCAUCCUCUAAACAUGCCUGUACUAAGUAGUGCUGCUGCAUCUGUUCCAUCCUCUUUGAUUUUGGGUUCUAGAUAAUGCUGCUGUGGCUCUUCCAUCCUCUUAACACUUCUAUACAUUUUAGAAUAUUGCAAUGGCUGUUUUUAGGCAGUUCUUUUACAUGACCAUGACACAAUCACUGGAUGCCUUGGAGGAUUGAACAAAGAAACUUGCUGGAUAGCUCCAGGGCUAAAACUAAGCACUCAGUACUUAGAACAAAGAUACCUGAAGUCAAGAAUUUAGGUUUCAUCUACAUACAAACUACAAUAUCCUAUUAUCUAUGCCAUAAAGCUACAACAACAUACAUUCUGUAUAAUGUUGAAAGUUAACUCAAUGCAAUGUUUGGUUUUUAGCUUGCAACAUCUGUCGUCCGUUAACUUUUUCCUAAAAAUCAGAUUUUGGUCAAAUUUGCAGAAAGAUGGGGCCCAAUGUGGGAAAUCAAGUCCUCCUUCUGUUAGUAUGAAGGUAUUUUGCCCAAAUUAGGUCAGAAAUAUCUUUGGGGGAGGAGGGAAACAGUUAUGUAUAACUGAUGUGGUGUAGGGCCCAGUAUGAAAAAUUCUUCAAAAUGCUUCUUCUUCCAUAGAAAUUGCAGGAUUUUGUCCAAAUUUCCUGGAAGCAAUUUAAUUUUGUAUGAAAGAUGGUUCUAGUUUCUAAGUGGAUAGGGAUGUAAGUCUUUAAAAUCCCUUUCCUUUAUUUUGGAUAACGCACAAAUUUCAGUCCAGCCAAUCAUAGUGAGCAAUACAGGCCCUAUUGACAUCUUGUACAUAUUUUUUACUUGAAUCAAUAAUUGUAACAUGUCUUCUAUUACUUUUCUGUAAAGCAUUGUUUACUUAAAUGGAAAAAAGAAUUUUUUUAUGAUUUUAUGAGAAUUUUUUGUUUUGUUUUGUUAAAUUCUUAUUUGUGAUAUUUGGAAAAUGUUAGUGUUGCUAAAACUGUUAUUAUAUACAUGUUGAUAUGUAUGUUUUCAUGUUAUCAGAUUACAAUGUCAACAAGUGAUUCCAAGGUAUUGAUGUUGUUUUAUCACUUACAGAAUAUAUAAUUAACUGUGUAAUUAUGAAUACAUGUACAACUUAAACAGGAUUUUUUUGGUGAUGGUGAAAGUUUGGAAAACCUCAGCAAAUUGAAUAAAGAUAAAUACUUUUCAAGAGCAAUUUAUGACACCAGCAAAUAAUACAAAACAGGUAGAUAAUGAUUUGAACUAAUUUUGAUUUUACAUCCAUCUAACAGAGUAAAAUGUAUUUUUUGUUAAAUAUUUUGAUCAUGUAUAGACAUUUGAUCAUGUAGAAAGUCCGGAGGAAUUGAAUUCGUACUCUGCCAUCUUUGAUUCUAUUCCAGAAGCCGCAGGUACAAUUGGAUCACGAUCAGCAUGUGUUUUAAUGUAAAUCAAUUUUGCAGGGCUUGAAAUCAGCCUCACCUGAUAUCACUUUUUUCAAUGCUGUUUAGUGCAAUAAUUCCAUCAUCAAAAUGCCAACAAAUUGUAUUCUGUAUCAGUUAGUUAAUAUAUGUGGCAAGAUAAACAUAAUUACAUACAUACGUCCUACCUUUAUUGUUGAAUUUUUUAUCACAGUUUAUGUAAUGUGUCAUUAUGUUCUCUGUAGUGUAUUAAAAGGGUAAACGUCUUCAAAGUAAGAUACAACUAGUUUUUGGUGCCUUCAUUUUUGCUUCGCUUUGCCUUGGAUCAAAUAUUUAGAUAAUUUUAAGCUGAUUAUAUAGUCAUAAUACAUGUAUAUAUAUUGUUUAAUAUAAAACUUUACCAAAAACGUGUUAUAUAUCUGCAUUUCAACAUUUACAUGAAAUGAUCAUAUUGACAGUGUAUUUUUAUGGUGUGACUGAUGUAACCUCUGUUUCUGUGCAUGUUCUAUCUGUAGCAGCAGUGUUGUGGUUCAAAAUUCAAUGCAAAUGCCAGCUGCGAAGGAAAGCACAAGUGAUGUAGUAGAUGUUAGUGUUGGAUAAGGGCCUGGUCAUGUAAAUUGCUUCAAAUGAAAAUUUAUCAGCAGAAACCAUUUUUGUGUGAAUUUUCAGGAGUACACCAAUUUUUUUCAGAAAUUGCUCAGUUGACUUGUCAUGCAGAUAAGGCUGUCAUUUUACCUUUUUUUUCUUUCUUUUUUUUUAAAUACAAAAUAGUCUUUAAAACAAUCAAGUUCAAAUUAAAAGAUGUAUGGUCACUUAUGUUUAUAGAUGUGCAAGUAUAUAUGUAUUUUUAACAUAUGACAGGUUUGCAAUAAAACCUGUGUGUGAUACUGUAAAAAACAUAAUACAUUGUAUACAAAACAGCUAUCUUCCACUGUAGUGACAGUGUUUCACAUAUUUACCAGAGCAGUAGAAGUAUUAACCACCAAACAUUUGACAAUUUUUGAUAAGGGACCACAUUGUCCACAUUGAUGUUUGAUUUGUAUUUGUAUUUCCAAAGAAGGGAAGGAUAUUUUUCAAGUGUACACUUUUAUGGAUCGUCACAAAGUUUUAUUUUCAAGUUCAAAUUAAGCUCUUGAUCGGCCACACUGUUUGCUAUAAGUAUCAUUAACUGACAGUAACAGGAGGAAUCAAAUUCAAAGGUAUUGUUUUACUCAUUAAUCAUCCCUGUGUCUAUUUUUGAAUUUAUACGUAAGAUGCUAUCUACCUGUAUAUUUUGUAGUGUCUAUUAUACAUCUGUAGGGACCAACGCUAGCAAUGGUAAUUCUCUGUUGAAAAAGGUCUUCAUUUUAAGAGGCAAUAUUUCCCAGCAAUGGAUUCUAACCAAUAAGAACAAUGUUCUUUGGUCCCCAUCUCUUACCUCAUUUGUGUUUUCUAUAGGUGUGCAGCAUUUUGUUAAACAUGUUAAUGUUAAAAGAUGUAAAAUUAGUGAUUUGCAUUAUUUUGAAAUUAUGAACGUUGUCUUUUUAAUACUAUAUAAAAUAAAUGUCCCGACCGCGUCUAAUCUACAUCAGUACAACUAUUUUGUUUAAGGAUGAUAUUUAUUAUUUUGUAGCCAAGAGGUUCUUGCAUAGAGUACUGAAAAAUACUACCUGGUUCAUUCUGUGUCUGAAAUAUAGAAUUACAUCUAUGUAAUGGAGACUUGCAUAGGACAAAGUGAUAAAUGAAUAAAUAUAAUCAAAUUACAAAGGUA